AUGGACAGGGUCAGAGCCUUUGUCAGAGGAAAAGACACGGUCAGCAAAGCCAAGGAGACGGACGUCACACCUCGAAGGAUCACGCCAGCUACAAAGCCUCCUGACAAAGGUACACCUUACUCCAGAAAACCCGCUUUUGACAGAAUGUUGCACAACAGAGCAAGGCCCACAUAUUCCCCGUAUAGACCUCAAGGGAGAGGCCCCCCACCUUACUCUGACCAUUUCACCCCUCUCACCAAGACCCCAAGUGAGAUACUGGCUACUGAGAGGGUAAAGAACUCCUUCCCAAGGCCACCACCCAUAAAGCCUGGGCCAAAGGCACAACCUAAUGAGUAUUGUGACUUCCACAAAGGUUUUGGGCAUAAAACCGAUGACUGUAUGUAUUUAAAGAGAGAAAUAGAGGCUGCAGUGAAGACGGGAAGGCUGGCCCACUUGGUUAAGGAAAUUAAGGAGGGGGGAGGGGACCGCAAGGGAAGAGAUGUAAGGGAGCCUGGGAGGGCAGAAGUUGAUAUGAUUAGAAGAAGGAAUGAAUUCGAUACCACCCGGAGUGUAAAAGCCAGGAUCCUGGGCUCCCCAGACUGCAUGAAAGCUCCCAUCCUCAUGCCACACUUGGAGGAAAAUGAAGUGCAACGACUUCCCCUCAACAUCUCAGCCAUAAUAGCUGGCCACAAAGUGUCUCGAAUACACGUAGACGGAGGGUCCGGUGUCGAAGUAAUAUACGAGCAUUGUUUUCUCAGAUUUGACAGAGAUGUAAGAGAUCGACUCGAAGAAGAUUCCAUCUCCUUAGUGGGAUUCAACAACAGUGUAUCACACCCCCUGGGAAAAAUCAGGCUUCCAUUCACAGUUGGGGUAGGGGAUCGAGUUCGAACGAUAAACCUGACCUUCACAGUGGUCAGGGCACCCUCAAAGUAUAAUGCAAUCUUAGGGAGACCCGGAAUCGGGGACCUACAAGCAUAG